UACUGGUCUCCAGUUUACUGCAGGCCACCUGUCCCCAGUCUCCCGCAGCUGGUGCUGGAAUGCGAGGUCAGGCGCGACCCCUGCCGGCUGGGAGAGGCGAGGGCGGCCUCGGGUGGCCAGGUCUAGGGAUGGGGGUUGCAGCCGAGGUUUAAGGGCAGGAUUUAGAAAGGUGGCUGCUUCGGCUAGCUGGGUGUCGGCGUGGCGCGACGCGAGCGCCGGAGUCGGCUGCGCGUGGUCCGGCUCAAAACCGGGCCUGGGCACCGCGCGUCCACUCCCCACCCGCGCCGUGGUUAGAGAUGCUCGCUAGUGACUCUCCCACUCCAUUGCCACCAGACGGACGUUGACUACGCUUAGUACUCCGCUACGCACCCUCGCGAGCCAACGUGGCCGACUAACUGUCCACUUUAAGGUCGGCACAGGCGCCCAGCCGGUACGCCCCCGUGCACUCGCCCUCCCUGGCGCGCCCACCGUGGGGCCCUACGUAGACAGGAACGACACUGCACGGGUCAGGGGAAAGCAGCGCCCCUGGAGAAGCGGACCGGAAACCCGCGUCUCCCUUCGGGACCAGCUUCCGCCCGCCUUCUGCCAAUCUAGCCUUUUAAGGCGGAGCUCUGCACUGCGCCGGGCCGAGGCUAGUGCGCCUGCGCGGCGUGGUUAUCCUCCCGGAACCGUGAGUAUCUACGUGGAGGCACUGCCGGGCGGCCAGCGAGCGGUGUCUGUGCCAAUCCUCCACCCUAGGGUCCCAAAGGAGUGUCUGCGGAGCCCUGCUCCCACCCGCGCCGGACUCCCGGGACUCUUUCGUGGGCGUGAGGUCUCAGCAGAGUGAAACAGAAGAGAUGGCCCUGGUACCCUAUGAGGAGAGCGCAGCAAUAGGGCUCCAGAAAUUCCAUAAGCCCCUCGCCACCUUCUCUUUUGCAAACCACACCAUCCAGAUCCGUCAGGACUGGAGACAACUGGGAGUUGCUGCGGUGGUUUGGGAUGCGGCUGUCGUUCUUUCCGUGUAUCUGGAGAUGGGCGCUGUGGAGCUCAGGGGCUGCUCUGUUGUGGAGCUGGGUGCUGGCACAGGGCUGGUGGGCAUAGUGGCUGCCCUGCUGGGUGCUCAGGUGACUAUCACGGAUCGAAAAGUAGCAUUAGAAUUUCUUAAGUCAAACGUUGAAGCCAACCUCCCCCCCGAUAUCCAACCUAAGGUUGUUGUUAAGGAGUUGACUUGGGGACAAAAUUUGGAAAGUUUUUCACCUGGAGAAUUUGAUCUCAUACUUGGAGCUGAUGUCAUAUACUUAGAGGAUACCUUCACAGACCUUCUUCAAACACUUGGACAUCUCUGUAGCAACAACUCUGUGAUUCUUCUAGCUUGCCGAAUCCGCUAUGAACGGGAUAGUAACUUCUUAACAAUGCUGGAGAGGCAAUUUACUGUGAGUAAGGUUCACUAUGAUCCUGAGAAGGAUGUGCACAUUUACAAAGCACAGAAGAGAAACCCGAGGGAGGACUUGUAGUGGGCAGUAUUUUCUAAGAACUUGAAUGUGCCAGUUAAGGUCUUACAGCUAGAACUCUUAACCAUGUUUAUGGCAUGGCUGACUGCAAGUCAUUCCACUCAGAGCUGCUGAGCUGAAGGAAAAGCAGCUCUUGCCACAUGUGUGCUUUGUAGACAGUGCCUUGCCUCGUUGCCUGUCAUACCAUCAGUCCGAUUGGCUCCCUGCUGCAUAUGGACUUGCGAGGCCUGGCUGGUGCUCUUUCCUUAUCCUGUGCGCUCACUUGGUAAGCAGUUCCCACUGAUAGAGAAUGGUGUAAAAGUGUCUCUGACAUGCAGAGUCAUCAUACGUUCUGGGAUAUAUUUUGUCUCAGUUCCCUUGUCUGCUGAGUGUAAACAGAUUUAUUACAUGUAUUCCCUGAAAUGUUUGUACUGUUGGAGUCUCUUGCUCUUUUUUUGUGUUAGAUAAGGCCUUACUCUGCAGCCCUGGGUCAGUCUGAAACCGUAGGCCAGGGUGACCUCAAGUUUGCAGUAAUUCUCUUCCCUCUGCAGUUGAGUGCUGGGGUCACUGGUGUUUGCCAGGCCACUUGGUUGACUGUUUAGUUCUUAAGCACCUUGAGAUGAAGAUGAGUUUUCUGGAUAUCAUGUCAUACCUUUUUACCAGAUAAAUAAGGGUAAGUAUAAAUAAGCAAAGAAAUAAAAAUAAAAUUUUACAUUUGAAAUUACC